AUAAGUUGCCAUUCCGGAUUUGCCAAAGUAAGCCCAGAUUUCUGAAAAAAAUACAGGGCAUUGAUUCACUUUCAGUAGUGACAGGAGAUACAUAUUGAUCCCUUUGGGUUGUUUGAGGAAUUCUGAAAUUUCAAACACUAAAAUACAUUAUUACAAUUUUGAGAAGAGACGAGUGAACAAUCCUAAACAACAUAGUUUUAUUGAUUACACAGCUAUUUCGACUCGAUGGCAUUUACUUUGGUCAUUUCCAUACCAUUCAUCAUUCUAGUUAUUAUCAUGUGUGUGUGCUGCUACUUCCUAGGUAAAGCAAGGGGUCGCCAAGACAUUCGCACACAACCACAAGUAUUUGGUGUGCCAGCUGCUCCUCCUGGUGUUACGCCUCCAGGUCCUUCACCUCCUGGUUCUCCUAAGCAUGACAAAACAAUGAAUGUCUGAGAUGUCUAUUGUACAAAAAUAGUAUAGAUUUUAUUUAUUCAUUGUCCUGGUAUUAUUCUUUUCUAUUCUUUGUUUAGUAGGUUCAAUACCUCAUCUUGAAGGAAGAAGAAUAUAUUGUAACUUCUUUUUCUUGAGACUAGCUGGCAGAAUUUUCCACUGUAUAAAAUGCUAUCAUGUUUGUUAUUAAUUAGUAAAAUGUAAAACCUGGCAUUGGCCUCUAUAAAUUGAGAUCUAUUUCCUAUA